CUGGCCCAGGGGAACGGGGACAGAGGUGCCUUUGUGGACUGUCCUGCUCUGGGCGCCCCGUGUUACAGAUGCAUUGAGAAGCCUCAGGUGAGCGAUGGCAGGUGCUGGCGAGCGCAAAGGCAAGAAGGAUGACAAUGGCAUUGGCACAGCCCUUGACUUUGUGCUGUCCAACGCACGGUUGGUGCUGGGCGUCGGGGGAGCCGCCAUGCUGGGCAUCGCUACGCUGGCAGUGAAGCGGAUGUACGACCGGGCCAUCAGCGCCCCGACCAGCCCCACCCGACUGGGCCACUCAGGGAAGAGGAGCUGGGAGGAGCCCAACUGGAUGGGCUCCCCGCGGCUGCUCAGCAAGGACGUGAAGACGGGCCUCAGCCGCUCCCUGCAGACCCUGCCCACGGACUCUGCGGCCUUUGACUCAGAUACAUUCUGCCCACCCCGGCCUAAGCCGAUGGCCAGGAAGGGCCAGGUAGACUUGAAGAAGUCACGGCUCCGCAUGUCCCUGCAGGAGAAACUCCUCUCUUACUACCGGAACCGGGCAGCCAUCCCUGCUGGCGAGCAGGCCCGAGCCAAGCAAGCUGCCGUGGAUAUAUGCGCCGAGCUGCGGAGCUUCCUGCGGGCCAAGCUGCCUGACAUGCCACUUCGGGACAUGUACCUGAGUGGCAGCCUCUACGACGACCUACAGGUGGUGGCAGCCGACCACAUCCAGCUCAUCGUGCCCCUGGUGCUGGAGCAGAACCUGUGGUCAUGCAUCCCCGGAGAGGACACCAUCAUGAACGUCCCGGGCUUCUUCCUGGUGCGCCGUGAGAACCCGGAGUACUUCCCUCGCGGAAGCAGCUAUUGGGACCGGUGUGUGGUCGGAGGCUACCUCUCCCCCAAGACGGUAGCAGAGACGUUCGAGAAGGUGGUGGCUGGCUCCAUCAAUUGGCCGGCCAUCGGCUCCCUGCUGGACUACGUAAUUCGGCCUGCGCCGCCCCCCGAGGCCCUGACGCUUGAGGUGCAGUAUGAGCGGGACAGGCAGCUCGUCAUUGACUUCCUGCCAUCGGUGACCCUGGGUGACACUGUCUUGGUGGCCAGGCCACACCGGCUGGCCCAGUAUGACAACCUGUGGCGCCUGAGCCUGCGUCCUGCCGAGACGGCACGCCUCAGAGCCCUGGACCAGGCCGACUCCGGCUGUCGGUCUCUGUGCCUCAAGAUCCUGAAGGCCAUAUGCAAAUCCACUCCGGCCCUGGGCCCGCUCACUGCCAGCCAGCUCACCAACGUCAUCCUCCACCUGGCCCAGGAGGAGGCUGACUGGUCCCCAGACGUGCUGGCCGACCGCUUCCUGCAGGCACUGAGGGGCCUCAUCAGCUACUUGGAGGCCGGAGUUCUGCCCAGUGCCCUGAACCCCAAGGUGAACUUGUUUGCAGAGCUCACCCCCGAGGAAAUAGAUGAAUUGGGAUACACUCUCUAUUCCUCAUUGUCCGAGCCGGAGGUGCUGCUGCAGACAUAGGACAGGGAAGGCCAAAGCGGAUGUCGGGUCCGGCCCCGGCCGCCUGCAUGCUCGGCUGUGCAGUUGGUACCUCACUGGGUCCCUAGGUGCCUCCUGCCCGCUGGGCACCACGCUGGUCACUUCAUGCUGAUUAGAAUGACACCUUUUGGUCUCCUAUUUUCCCCACCCUUUCUAUUUUUGUUACCAAACACUGUGGCCCCUGUUCCCCUCUUGCCGCAGGCUGAUUGUUCUGGAAUGAAUUGAGAAGGCAGAAUGCUGGCCUGAGCUGUUGAGACCACGCUGUUUUGCGUUGGGGCCCAGGGAUCUGGCUU